GUUACUCCUAGCUGCUGUGGGUGCUACAGAUGAAGUAAAAGGUGUAUUCUAAUAUUAAGGAGUAUGAAAUUCAUUGGCAGAAAGAUUCUCACUGUAGUCCACAGUCUGCCUCUUGUCUUUGUAUGCCUGGAAACAGUUUUAUUAACAUACCUUUGAAAGAGGCUGCCCAUCGUCAGGGCCUCAUCUGUCCACUCACUGCGGAGCGGGGAGCCGGCAGGCACACGGUACACACCUGUGGCUGUACGCGGUGAACCCAGUACAUAUCUGGAUACCUUUGAGGGGGGACUACUUCCGUGUUCAUUUUGGCAUGAGUAACAGUUCUCUCCUUUCCAGGCAGAUUUCAUCAACUUAACCAUAACCCACAACCUGCGGACCAACCACCAGAUCAACAAAAGGGAUUCUUGGGUCCUAGAGGCCAGAGAAAGAACCAGCAGGACUACCGAGGGCGGACUGAUGGACUGCAGAGCCUGGCUGGCACGAUUUGUGCCCCCUUCACCUCCAAAUCGCCUUAAUUUCACGUCAGAGGGCAGACUCAGUGAGCAAGACUGGCAAGCACAUUUCAAGGCUCCGUGCGGGAUUGAUGCAUCUCAGCUUGAGUCAGAAGAGGCAGAAGUGGAUGUGAGAGAAAGAGAGACACACAGAGACAGAGAGCCGAAGAGGGCGAGAGACUUGACUUUAAGAGACUCCUAUACUGACAACUCCAUGCAGUUCGGAACCAGAGCAACUACGGCUGAACCAGGGUUCAUGGGGACAUGGCAAAACGCUGACACUAACCUCUUGUUCAGAAUGUCCCAACAGGUUCCACUGGCAUGUGCUGGCAGAGUGCUGGGUGCAGACUUCUGCCCAAACCUGGAGGAGCCAGACCAGAGGCUGGAAGUCCAGGCCAUCCGAUGCACGCUGGUAAAUUGCACGUGUGAAUGUUUCCAGCCGGGGAAGAUCAACCUGAGGACUUGCGAUCAGUGUAAACAUGGCUGGGUGGCACAUGCCUUGGACAAGCUCAGCACGCAGCACCUGUACCAUCCCACCCAAGUGGAGAUCGUGCAGUCCAACGUGGUGUUUGACAUCAGCAGCCUGAUGCUCUAUGGGACCCAGGCAGUGCCUGUGCGACUGAAGAUCCUGCUCGACCGCCUCUUCAGUGUGCUGAAGCAAGAGGAGGUGCUGCACAUACUGCACGGCCUCGGCUGGACUCUGCGGGACUACGUCCGAGGAUAUAUUCUUCAGGAUGCUGCCGGCAAGGUGCUGGACCGCUGGGCCAUCAUGUCUCGAGAGGAGGAGAUCAUCACCCUUCAGCAGUUUCUGCGGUUUGGAGAAACCAAAUCCAUCGUGGAGCUGAUGGCAAUUCAAGAGAAAGAAGGGCAGGCCGUCGCUGUACCGUCUUCAAAGACAGACUCAGAUAUAAGGACUUUCAUUGAGAGCAACAAUCGCACCAGGAGUCCCAGCCUCCUCGCUCACUUAGAGAAUAGCAAUCCUUCUAGCAUUCACCACUUUGAAAACAUCCCAAACAGCCUUGCAUUUCUGCUUCCAUUCCAGUAUAUCAAUCCUGUCUCAGCCCCGCUUCUAGGGUUGCCUCCAAAUGGGCUACUCUUAGAGCAACCAGGACUGAGGCUCCGGGAGCCAAGCCUUUCAACCCAGAACGAAUAUAAUGAGAGCAGUGAAUCAGAAGUAUCUCCCACACCCUAUAAGAACGACCAGACGCCCAAUAGAAAUGCCCUGACCAGCAUUACGAAUGUGGAGCCCAAAACUGAGCCAACGUGUGUCUCUCCCAUUCAGAAUUCUGCCCCAGUCAGUGAUCUGACCAAAACUGAACACCCGAAAAGCUCUUUCCGGAUUCACCGGAUGAGGAGGAUGGGGUCGGCCUCUAGGAAGGGCAGAGUGUUCUGUAAUGCAUGUGGGAAGACGUUCUAUGACAAGGGCACCCUCAAAAUUCAUUAUAAUGCUGUUCACCUAAAGAUCAAACACCGCUGCACCAUCGAGGGUUGUAACAUGGUCUUCAGCUCCCUCCGAAGCCGUAAUCGGCACAGCGCAAACCCCAACCCACGCCUUCACAUGCCUAUGCUAAGAAAUAAUCGAGAUAAAGAUUUAAUUCGGGCCACCUCAGGAGCUGCCACCCCUGUUAUAGCAAGUACAAAAUCAAAUCUCACGCUCACAAGCCCUGGCCGGCCCCCCAUGGGUUUUACCACUCCCCCGUUAGACCCUGUCUUACAGAACCCUCUCCCUAGCCAGCUGGUAUUUUCUGGACUGAAGACUGUACAACCAGUUCCUCCAUUUUACAGAAGUUUACUCACCCCAGGGGAAAUGGUGAGUCCCCCGGCCUCCCUCCCCACCAGCCCCAUCAUUCCAGCCAGUGGUACCAUAGAACAGCACCCCCCACCACCCUCUGAGCCAGUAGUGCCAGCAGUGAUGAUGGCCACCCACGAGCCCAGUGCCGACCUGGCACCCAAGAAAAAGCCCAGGAAGUCGAGCAUGCCCGUAAAGAUUGAGAAGGAAAUUAUUGACACCGCGGAUGAGUUUGACGAUGAAGACGAGGACCCCAAUGAUGGUGGAACUUUGGUGAACGACAUGAGCCAUGACAAUCACUGCCACUCGCAGGAGGAGAUGAGCCCCGGCAUGUCUGUGAAGGACUUUUCGAAGCAUAACAGGGCCCGGUGCAUUUCAAGGACUGAGAUACGAAGAGCCGACAGUGUGACUUCGGAGGACCCGGAGCCGGAACGGGACUACGAGAACGAGUCCGAGUCUUCAGAGCCCAAGCUGGGUGAGGAAUCCAUGGAAGGGGAUGAGCACCUCCACGGUGAGGUGAGCGAGAAGGUGCUGAUGAGCAGCGAGAGGCCUGAUGAGAACCACAGCGAUCCCUCUCACCAGGACGUCAUCAAGGUGAAGGAGGAGUUCGCAGAUCCCACCUACGACAUGUUCUACAUGAGCCAGUACGGACUGUACAACGGCGGGGGCGCCGGCAUGGCUGCCCUGCAUGAGAGUUUCGCGUCGUCUCUGAACUACGGCAGCCCCCAAAAGUUCUCCCCAGAGGGAGAUCUGUGUUCCAGCCCAGACCCCAAAAUUUGUUAUGUGUGCAAGAAGAGUUUUAAAAGCUCCUACAGUGUGAAGCUUCACUACAGGAACGUUCACUUAAAAGAGAUGCACGUCUGCACGGUGGCCGGCUGCAAUGCUGCCUUCCCUUCUCGCCGAAGCAGAGACAGACACAGUGCCAACAUAAAUCUGCAUCGUAAACUGUUGACCAAAGAACUCGAUGACAUGGGCCUGGACUCCUCGCAGCCCUCCCUUAGCAAGGACCUCCGGGAUGAAUUUUUGGUGAAGAUCUAUGGUGCCCAGCACCCCCUGGGGCUCGAUGUCAGGGAAGAUGCCUCCUCUCCCGCGGGGACGGAAGACUCGCACCUGAACGGGUAUGGGAGGGGCAUGGCGGAGGACUACAUGGUCCUUGACCUGAGCACCACCUCCAGCCUCCAGUCCAGCAGCAGCAUCCACUCCUCCAGAGAGUCCGACGCAGGCAGCGAUGAGGGGAUUCUCCUCGACGACCUUGACGGGGCGAGUGACAGUGGGGAGUCGGUGCACAAGGCUGAGGCCGCCGCCCUCCCCGGCAGCCUAGGAGCUGAAGUUUCAGGAUCUCUGAUGUUCAGCAGCUUGUCGGGGAGCAACGGCGGGAUCAUGUGCAACAUUUGCCACAAAAUGUACAGCAACAAGGGGACGCUGAGGGUGCACUACAAGACGGUGCACCUGCGAGAGAUGCACAAGUGCAAAGUCCCCGGCUGCAACAUGAUGUUUUCCUCUGUAAGAAGCCGCAAUCGGCACAGUCAGAACCCCAAUCUCCACAAAAACCUGCCCUUCGCUUCCAUAGAUUAGUCCCAGGACGGACACUUCAGACGCCAGCUCUCACCUGCACGUGCGAACUGCCACCGGCAGCGUGGGCGUACGUGUGUGUCGGCGGGGUGCGUGCGUGCGUGCGCGUGCGUGCGUGCGUGCGCGCGCAUAUGCGUGCCUCUGCGUCUGCGCGCGCACACACACACAUACUUUCUUUAGAUGAAAAAGAUAAACACUAGGUGCUUUUGAAUUUUUUCUUUUUCCUUCAUAGUUUGGGGAAAGGGGUGGAAUCUUUAAUUUGGGGGUGAAAAUAGUCCCCCUUUCAACACGCACACACAGGUAAAGCGUGCGUCCAGCCCCAGUUUCGAUAGCAUAAUUCAUGGUCUUCUCCAAGGAGACAGUUUGUUGUACCCAUGACUGUUGCCUGCAAAAAAUAAAAGGGAGAAAAGAAAAAAGAAACAAAGAGGAACUUCGUAUAGUUGUCUUUUGUGAACUUUAAGGUUUUGAGAGAAUCUUCAACUAAAGCAUGGCAGAUUCACCUGUAAAUAUUUAGCCUUGAGAGGCCAAUGAUGUAAAACAGUUGUAUUGAUGGUUGUUUAACUCUUUUGUUUAAUUUUUACAGUUACAUCCAGCUGUUAGAUAUGCAGGAAAAGAAUAGUUUGCUGGCUAGCUCUGUUCAUUUAUGUUAGCAUUAAUGCACAUUUUUUUAAAAAAGAAAACAUGGUCUUGUUUUUACUACCUGUUAGAUAUAGUGAUAAAGAGGUGCUGGCAUGCUUUACAGCACAGAUCUGAUUUUUAAAAUGUUCUGUACUAGUACAUAAAUCCAGUCAUGCACUUUUUUCAUACACUACAAGGGGAUGUGUAAUAUCCAUGCUUCUUUUUUACCCUUAAACUAUUGCCAUACUUCAGUAAGUGUCUUUUUUAAAAAAAAUCCACUUGUAUAAAAAUGGUCUGGUCAGUAUAGGGCAUGAACGCCAAACAAAAGUAUUAGUGUUAACACAAAACUGCCAACUUUGCACAAGUUUCCAGAAAAGAAAAUACAAUUAGUCACUCAACAUAACCGCAGGCCAAUUUGUCGGCCACCAGAAAACCGCUUAAAAAAAAAAACAAAAAAAAACUCGGUGAUUCUUUCAAGUGCUGAAUGUUAUUAGAAUCAACAUUGCAUCCUUCUUGCUUAUAUGUUACGUUACAUAAAAGGAAAACAAAAUUAUGUGGUGUGAAACAGCCAAGGCGUUUCUUCCUCAGAGGCAGGAUAAUAUUUCAGGAUACAAAAGCCCAAAUCACUCACGAUGGAACAAAGCUGAAUGCAGUAGAAAAGUGGAACACUCAUUUCCAAGGUCCAAACCAUUAAAAAGAAAGAAGUCUGAAUCGGGUCGGUCUGUUGUAUGGCUGUCUCGUUUCUCACAAAUUUUGCAGUGGCGCUACGAUUCGGUCCUGUUUGACGGACAAAAUCAAAGCCAUUUCACAGCAGCAGUGCCUGGAAGCGGACGCGAGCUACACUUGAACCGAGCGGCACUCCUUCUAAGGGCGGGGAGGAGGUUUAAGCUAGAAUCUGACUGGGUAAUGUUCUGUGCUUCCCCACAUGAAUUUGUGAGAGAGAAAGGAAGGCAAGGCUGAAACCAAGCAACUGACAGUGAGGAGGAGGGGGUAGACUGCUCCAAACCCUUUUUGUUUUAUUUUGUUUUGUUUCCGAUGUUUACACAUGUUGCCUGAGCUGGUUAACCACAUCGGCAGCCUCGGCUACCACAACAUACUGACUAAAUGAUGAUAUUUACUCAAAUUGAGUCUGCAGCCAAAACCAUUAGGGUGUGCAUUGCAGACUAUGUUUUUGUUGUCUUUUUUUUUUUUUUUUCUUUUUUCUAAGUAGAGGGAGGGAAAAGAUAAACAAGGACUCUUUUGUCAAACAGUACACGAUAGAAAGAGAAUGUAUUUGUUUUCUGCAUUUAAUGGCCUCAAACAUUUCGCCCAUGAGUCUAAAAGUUAGAAAUACCCCUUGUUUAAACCUUUCGUGUCAUUUCCAUAGUUCAUGUUUUGUAAUAAUUUUUUUUGUGUUCAUAUCAGCAUUCAAUUCCGUUAAAUUUGCCAAAGGAAACUGUUAAUAUGUUUCUGUUGUUAUUAUUCCUGUAGGAUUUAUUGUACCUCACAGUAUUUAUUGUUUCCAAAAAGCAUCAUUUGUUGAGGAUUCAGUAUUUUUUAUUUGUGAAAAAUUCAGAAACAAUAGAUUCUUAAAGAUAAGCUCUUCUGAGAUAUAUAUAUAUAUAUAUAUAUAUAUAUAUGAGCUUUAUCUUCUCGGCUCCUUCUGAGGAUGCUAUGAGGUUCUAUGGAGUUCCUUUGGUUCUUCAUUUGUUCUACAGUGAGGGAAGAACAAAAGUAUUUGCAUUACAAAAGAAACUCUAUCAAACACUAUGUCUGUUAAGUGACAAAUGUUUACGGUAAAAAGCUGAGGAAUUAGUAAUAACCGUUUUGUUUUCUUAUACCUUUGAAUUCCCCAAAGUCUUAAUUGCUUCAUUUUGGUAUUGUGUUAAAUUGAAUAGACAGAGAUGUUUUCCUUUGUUUUAUACCAUACAAGACUCUGUACAGUAUGUUUGUGAAAGAUUGAACUAGAAUAAUGAACAUUUGUUUGCAAACAUCGUGGUCCUCUUAGCGUUCUCUGUGCUGUGCUGUUGCUCUGUUAUCAAAUGAUUAGGUUCCAAAAGGGUGGAUAAAACACGUUGAGUGUGCCAACAAAACACUAUGGAGACUUCGGAUUUCAGAGAGCACUGACUAAGUUGUAUCUGAUAUUAUGAAUAUAAUACACACUUCUUAUUUCAGCAACUUUUAAAAUUUGCUCUGACGUAGUGGAACUCAUCCCUACAAACUCAAUGCUUAGUCUGUUUAAUUUAACGUCAGGUAAAAGGUCAGACAGCCUAAUGAGCGACUUGCGGACAGUCAGGAGGUCACAGUAGCAAAUGUACCAAGUUUCGAGUCUUGUUACUUGCCACAAACCAGGAUAAUGUCCAUACCCAGCUGGCGAACGGGGACCAGAGGUAAUAAGAUUCGAAAAGCAGAACUUCCCUUCAUUGCAAACGUGAAUGUGUUCACCUCUUUUUUUUUUUUUUUGUCGGAAAUGACAGUAAACCUUGGACAGCUGGCACUUCUAAAUUCUCUCUCCUGUUUACUCCUAGUUUGUGCCUCAGUACACAUUGUUACGGUGGCCUUCUCAACAGUAAUGUUCCCCAGUAUAAAGCCAGUUCACUGAAAAGGGAUGGGGUGGGUGAGGGAAUGCAUGUUCAGUGCAUAAAAUGUAAACUCAUAAGAUGUACAAGUCUUCUGCUCCCAAGCUGUUGCCGCUUCUCCGUUGUACCUGUGCAGGGUUUUGACCCGACUGUAAUUUUUAAGCUAGUGGUCCCAGGGCUGAUGUGCAAACAGGAAGGACAGAGGGAUCUGCAUUUUAAUGCCUGAGCUCUUCAUCUUUGGCCAUUCCUUCUCACUCACUUUUUCAUAGGGGUUUCCUGUCAGUUUCUCUCUAGCUGCAUCCAUUUCAUGCGGACUGAAAAUUAGUAAGGAUGUAGAUUUUCACCCAAGUGAUUUUUUCCUGUUCGAUUAUAGCCAGAGUUGUAUCAUAGGUACAAAAUUAGGCAGUAUUAUUGUACAUGUUCUCUAACUGAUGGCGAAACUUACUGUUUUUAUCACGUUAAACUGUGUUUUAUAAAUAUCAGAAAGGCUAAGUCCACCUUUGAAAGCACCUACAUGCAGUGGAGGGGGAAGGCAGAAGGAAAAGAUAAGAACUGUGGUUUUUUAAAAUGUGAUAAAAUUUGACCUGCUUAGUCUUGCUAGUAAUUAUAUUUAAUGAAAUUAGCCCAGUGUAACUCAGCUGCAGCUGCCCUAUUCAGCCUCAUGGUUUUUUUGAAGUUUAAAGGUGUGAAAUGUUUUCCUUCUGAACAGGACAAACAUUUUUUGAAAAACAUUCUUAGCGCAGUGCUUUCACUGUCUUUAGAGUGUGAUUUCUUCGGUUAUGAAUUUGCAGGCCCUUCCAGUAAGAGGAGGACGGCACUAACUGGUUAACAGCCCAGCUGGUACAGACGCUGCUCUUUUAAAAAGCUCUGAUUCUAUCAAGAACGCGUGGGUCCAGAAGCACUCUCCUCAUUUUAUUGAGGAUAUGUUAGUUUCCCACCAAAUACAAUCCCCCAACACACACAGCCUAGACACGAGCCAAGUAAGAGAAUCAGAUCGCAGUGGACACACCGCUAAGUGCUUAGGCGCUUGGCCUGAGCGGUCCCAAGUUCUGCCUCUCGCUUGAUGGUAUUGAUAGGAUAAACAACCCAAAGACAUGCUGCAUAUGCUGCCGUAAAGAACAGGCCAUCCGGGAGAGACUCUGAUCCUAUGGAAGCAUCCUUUUACUUAAAGGGGUGUAAAAUUCCGCCAAACAUUUUACUUACAAAAAAGCACCUCCCUCCAAACAUUUAAAUUAUGGGGGGUUGCUUUUUCUCUCAUUCUUUGUUUUUUAAUAGGAGGGUAAUAAAAGGCAGGGGCAGAAAGGACUGGAGAGGUCACUAAAUUUCCGUCAGAACGGGUGAUACUCAGUAUAGGGCUGACUCCUGCUCAGGUUGGGGGUAGCUGUCAAUGCCCUGGCCGUCUGUCCAGGAGUCUGGUGCAGCUCGGCCUGGCAGCGGCUCACGGCGGACGGACACCCCAGCUGCAGAGCUCCCCGUGAGGAGGUGAGUUACCCAACACGCCGGGGGAGAGAUGAGAAAAGCGACAGCUGCGCAGCGCUCCUGAGGGGUCAGGAGGGCCGACAGGGACCGUCUGGAGAUUCUGGUGUUCGCUUUUCCACUGCUUUUGAGUGGGAAGUGAUGCUAGAGUCCUUUUGGGAGCAAAAUGAUGCUGGGAGUACUGUAAAUUCUAGAAGAGUUCAGUGACAAAACGUUCGCAGUCGUGGCCGGGGCGGAGGAGCAGGCGCGAGUGACACCAGCGUGGAGCGGCCCUCCGCACCUGGGCUUGCCCAGCGUAGCCACACGCAGAGCUGUGAUUGUGAUGCGUGGCUGGCCUCCCUUGAUGGAAACUGCAGCUCAUACACUGUCCUACAGGUGUAAAGGCAACUCAUUUUCAUGUUUUCCCUCAUAAAAACUGUCCUAGCUUAUGCUGCCACUAAGACCAUACUUGGUUCGCUCCACGCUUGCUCCUGUAUUUCCUGGCAUUGGGGUGUUGCUCACCCUAAUGGUAAUUCUCAAGAAGUAUUAUGAAAAUCCAGCCGUAAAACUGACCCCUGAAUUACCUGCCAUCGCUUCUGACCAAGUACCCACCUUACCCUGUGUCCUUUUGUCAUCCUCCCCGCAUAUUGCACAAAAUGAUUUUUUAUAGUCAUUUUGCAAUAACUAGAUGUCAGCUACUGUAUUUUGGGCAUUUAUUGAGAAAUUCAAAUGCCUAAGAACAGGGUUUAAAAAAACGAAGCAUUUUUAUAGGCACUCUGAAUUAAAUCAGCAUUAUUGUUCAUUAGCAUGCUAUAUAUUUUUUUGAAGCAACACUCUAGUUGUCAUAAAACUAUCUUUAUUCUUCUUCUCUAAAGUGUUGUUGUAAAUUCAUUUGACCUUUACUGCAGGGAAAAAAAUCCUACAUAGGGCGUCGGGACAAGGCUCAGUUCAUAAACAGCGGAGCACUGCAGCAGGGCGGGAAGGAGCUGGGGCCGAGCCGCGAGAAGCUUCAGCUCAAUUUCACCUCAUAUCUUUCUAAUAACUUACUUGUCACUUUAUUACCUUCCAGUAAUGUGAACGCUGCUGACAAGACUGUCACACUAACAGCAGACAACACCCUCUCUGCCUUAGCCCCAGCUCUCUUGGCUACUUAUUGCCCUGGCCCUGAAGGGACACAAACUAAUAGUGUGCUUUGCAGUUCAGCACUUGGCCAUCAAAUAUAAAAGGAUGCGUAAUUGCCUGUUUAUCCCUGGUGAAGGGGAAAUUGAGUACAAGGGCCAGGCUUUCCCACAGAGUUCCCUGAUGCGCACACACGUUCACAGCCAGCCUCUCUCGCUCUGUCUCUGUCUCUCCCUCCCUUUCCCUUCCUUGCUUCCCCCUCUCCCCCUCUCCCUCUCCCCCUCCUUCCGCUUCCCGUCUUCCCAGCACAGAAGUGCACCUGCACACCUGGUGUAUGUUUGGGAAGCCCCGGGCUGCCACGAGGGGCCCUCUCCGCUGUUCAGUGAGCAGAAACAAGACCCUUCUUACAUAAAGGGUCAGAGGAGAGGUACUCUCUAUGACGGUACCCUACUCACUUGGAAACUUCAGUACUGCAAUCAAUGCCCAUCUAUUUUGGGAGUACUGGGUGUGGCCCUGCGAUUAAAGCACAUUUUUCUGCCGGUCAGUAGCAAUAGUAGGAUUAGAUUGCUCCAUGUUCUAUAAGGAAAGGCUUAAAAUAAUUGUCUUCCCCUUCAAAAACUGCAUGUGCUGUAAACAAAUUGGUUAUGCAUGGUGGUAAAAAAUGUUUUGAAAUCUUUGGCAUCAAGCCAUUACUCUAAAUGUACACAUGUAUCUUUCAAUAGCAGAAAGCAAACCCAUAUUGUAACAUGACAGACUAAAACUAUACUGGCAAUCUGAAAGUACUGGGCUUUUAGCUGUCUUCCUUAAUACGAGGACUACCCUAAUUUUAAAAGGUAAAUUCUCCACUGGAAGGAUUUGGAUAAGUACGAGUACAGUGAGAGGGGUUUUUUCAAAAUUGAAUGGUGGGGGCCAAAGGUACAAAGGAAGAACAUGUGAAAACAUUGCAGAAUACCCUAAGACCAAUUAAUGUGUCCAUAUUGCCUGCUAUUUGUGUAUACUGAACCACGUAAACAGUGACUGAAAUAGUGGCUGAUGAGUGCCUGAAUAAAAUGCAAGAUCUACUUGUGCGUGUUCCUUGGAGAAGGGGACACCUUGCCUCCUUCCAACCCUCUUGCAGCAAGCUUGACAGAAGGUAGUUAACUCCUGCUACGAAGAUUCACAUUUCAAAUAAGGUAUCAGUCAACUACAUAAGACACAUGCAGAUGUCACCUUUGCCAUGGACUUUAACAAAGAGAGGGAGCAGAAUCAGGCCUAGACAGCUGGACGGAUCUAUGCGGGCAGGGCUGUGCUAAGUCACUGCGUAAGCCAGUCUGAGGUCUGGGAAGAAACGCACUUGGAGCGAGGACUUUGGUCAGAGAAAAGGCAGCUCACUGACUUGGUGUUUUCUGUGUUUCCGUAGCAAACGUGGAAUCUUAAUGAAAAACUCGGCUGCCAAAAUUGCACAAAUUCUGCUAGUUGAUAUUAGCUUUCUCCCCUUCACUCUGAUUAGCAGAGAUGCCUAAGGACAUUGUUAAUGUUUUUAAACUUUUAUUUAGCUUGCCCUUGAAGAAUCUUUGAAGGGAAGGAAGGGCAGAAAAGGGUAUUUUUUAAAAAGUGGAGAAAUGUAGAUAGUGGAAAGUAUAUUUCUUGAAGAUAGUCUAAGUGCUCUACCACGACUUUAUAAGGCUUCCUGUUGCCAAACGUGGUGUUGACAUAAUGCACAGCUAAGAUGGUAGACCUAUCAAUUAUUCAUUGCCUCUGCCCACUUCUGUUACGGAAUGCAGAGUGAGAGGAGACUGGGGAGAUCCUGGGUGUGUGAAAGAGCUCUGUUCACCUGGCCUGGAAAUGUUUUCAAAAAGGAGGAGCCGCUCCAGCCCUCUUGGUAGUUCCCCUGCAAGGUGAACUGACCUGGCCCCGUUUCUGUGGGAGCUCACUGCCUGCCUUUUCCGGCCACUGAAUCAGGGCUGUAGCCGUGAGAAGCGCUGAUUCAUGAGGUACGAUGCUCUUGAACUCCCAGACAGUGUGCUGAGUGAAUAGGUUCACUUGAGAUGCAGAAACCAAGGCUGAUUGUUUAUUUUUUUUUAACCUCGUACUCAAUUUGGAGCGUUUUUGCAUGACUUUGUACGGAGUAAUCCAUUCCUCUUAUUGCCUAUCUUAAUCUCCCCUGACGUGCCCAUUAUCUCCCUCCUGCAUUCUGCUCUUCUGAUAUCACCCAGUCCCCUCAAAAAAUAAUAAGUAAAUAAAUAAAUCUUUACUAAAGUAAGAAGGUAGAACACUCCCUCUUUCAACCUGGUUUUCAUUGCUUUGGAAAUGCGUGUUCCAUCCUGCCCGGGGUUUACGAAACAAGAAUUAAGUGGACGAGGUGUUUGAGUAUUACAUAUUAAUCUGAUGUGACUGUCUAAGGUUUUGAAUAUGUGGUGCACUUGCUUUCCUGUGCAAACUUUGGUUCUGCAGCUCUGCAGAGAGUCUUACCGUUUUCAUACCAGCGCCAGUACAAAAAGAGCGGGAGAGCUUGGUGUGAGUGUGUGGACGUCACAGGCACAAGGAAGGUUAAGAAACUGGGAGAAGACAUUGACCUGAGGCCAGCUGGUCGUUCAGUGCAUGGCCCACUGGACAGUAUGAGGGUGACGGACACCAGUGGGUCAUCCCCCGUGAGGCAGAUGACCCUUUCCAUUGCUUCCCUCAUACCCUGCCUGGCUCAUUCUGUGAAAUCCCUGCUUUUCAUUCUCCUCAGAGUGGGAGAGCGGCAGCCUGCGGCUCUGGGAAAGUUCUCUGUUCUCUCAUGCUGAACCUAGAAUAGUCCUAUGAGAUGCAUCAGGAUGCCUCAUGUAGCCGGGAGAACACAGGGCUUUCUUACCCCAAACCCACGGGUGUGUCUCCCAUAACAAAAGCAUUUGACUCAACCUGCAUACUUGACAGUGAAAAUGGCCAAAGGGAAUUAAAAUAUCUUGAGGAAAAGGAAUUUUUUUUCACCCAGAUGUCUUCUCCCUCACUCGGAAUUUAAGGGUUUAGCCUUUUGUGUUUGUAUUUUUCUCACCAGCAUCACCCAGUCGCUUCCACAAAGCCUGCAGCAGAACCAAAGUCUGCACUACCCAAAAAGUAACUGCGCCCAGGGACAGGGACGGCUUGGAUCACCCUGAUCUCCUUGUGAUGUUGGUAGCUUCAUAAAUGCUGUAUGUGCUUCAAGCAAGGUUUUUGUUUUUGUUUUGUCUUGUUUUGCCUUUUGUUUUUAUUAGUAGCCUAAGGUAAUUAAAUUUUUUAUUUGCUACUUCCUUUGUUGUAUUUUCUGUACUAUAACUGUCUACCGUAUGUCUUUUGCAUAAAAUGCAUAAGGGUUUGGGAUGUAAAUGGAAUUUUAUUCAUAUUUUGUCCAAAUACCUCUUGUAAUUUGUAUCAAAAUUCUUGUACAAUUUUUAUAUUAAAGAUUUAUCAGUCACUGA